GUACCUGGACAUUUUACCCUGCCGAGAGGGUAUAAAAAAGGAAGAGGGUAGGAAGUCCAACCCAAGCACGCUAACCAUCUGUUGAAGAUAAGCAGCCCCCUUCCCUUCGGCCUGUCCGUAGAGAAGGAAAGUAAAGUCCAGAGACCACUCAAUCCCAAUGAAGCCAAUCGGCGCCUGCAUCUUUGUGGUCUCUUUUUUGAUGAUAUUCGCUUCCCUGGUGAGGUUUGAUGUCUUUGUUAUGCCGCUGGGAGGGUCGAAAAUGUUGGUCGUCGAUGUCUCCAUUGGGCCGUAUCAGUGGCUGGGCCGGUCGCCUAGCCACCAUGAAGUACUAACACCGGUGCAGUUACUGCUACGACUCCAAAACCACCACCACCAUACCCAGGCGGCGACGACAACGACGCCGCAAACGUCGCUGGCGAUGGACCAGGAGGACACCAGCGUCUUCUGUGUGUGUCACUUCGGGAAAGAUUGACUGAUUGAGUAUCAUGAAAUAUUCUUUCCAAACUAGGAGAAGAAACAAGUGCAA